UGGCGGAAGGACGCUCUAGAGAUCGCUCCUCUGAAAACGUAAUUUCAUCUUCUCCAAGUCCAUCCAGGACUCGCUCAUGGUCAGUAUCAGAUCUCAGUAGCAUGGAUUUAUCGAGACCAGUGGAUUUGUUUGCUUUGUCUUCGCUGAAUUUUACCAAAAAAUGUGAUCAAGUCGCCGAGCUCAAGGGCCUAAAGGAUGAGUCAACUAUCAUCACGAAAGCGCUCGACGGGAAAACAUUAGAAUCACUCAAUAUAUCAGAUCUUAAAACCGAACUGGGAAAGAGAAAGCUUCCGAAAUCUGGUUUAAAAUCGGUGCUUGUAGAAAGACUUAGGACUCACAUCUUAGAUUACGAAAUCUCCCGCCAAAUUUCAAAUUACCAACCGCCACAAAUAGAUCUUGAUAGCACUGUUGAAAGUAAAGCCGACGCCGGCAAUAAACAAGAAACUGAACCGGAAGAAUUAACAUCGACCAACUAUGUUUUCCUAAAGAAGUUUAACGAUCUUGAGCGUGAUGUAUUGGAACUUAAAGAUCUAUACAAAUCAUUUCAGUCCGCUCAAAGGCUUAAAGAGGAAAAUGGUUAUCUGAGAGAAGAGCUUCGGCUAAUAAAGAGUGACAUGGAUAAGAUCAGGGAAGAGAGAGAUUCACUAAAAUUGGUUGUGUCAAUGUUAAGUAAAGAUUUGUACAAAAAUCAUCCUGACAACAAACCCUCGUCACAAGAUCAAGUACUUGAUUUGAAUUGUGAUACAUUGCCCAGCCAAUCAAAAGAUGGAGCUUUGGAAACCGAGACAAAAGAGAGCAACCCAGCCGCGGAAAACAAACGCUCCAAUCAGAAAAAUGCCAACGCAAAACGAAGUCAUAAGAAAUCUAACAAAUCUACGGCCGUAAAUGGAGCUAAGCAAUCUGGAUCAGUACAACAAGAGCACAGAAAGCCCUCUGAGGUAGUCAUCGCUGGUGAUUCGAUGAUUAAGUACAUUAAUGGGUGGAAUUUAUCCAAUGCAUCGCAGCGAGUGAAUGUCAAGUCCUUUUCUGGAGCCCGGGUUAGUGACAUGGCUGACUAUAUUAAGCCAUUGAUUCGCAAAAAAACUGAGAGUAUUGUACUUCACAUCGGAACAAACGAUCUCCGAGACUCGGAGCCCCACAAUGUCGCUGACGGAGUUGUAGAUCUCGCACAUCAAAUCGAAUCUGCUGAUAUUUCUGUAGCUGUGUCGGGGUUAAUAACAAGAUCGGAUUCUGAGGAGCUUACCGGCCGGGUGAAGGAAACGAAUCGUUUACUUCGUUCCUUUUGUAACCAGAACGGUUGGGAAUUUGUCCCUAAUACCAACAUUACAUCGGCUCAUCUAAAUACAAAAGGACUUCACUUGAUCAAGUCAGGCACCCAGGUUUUAGUGAGACCAGGCUCGAUGACACUUAUACAGACGAUGAAUUAAAAAUUCAUGGAUAUGAUAUCUUCAGGAAAGACAGAAAUCGCGAUGGUGGCGGUGUGUGUGUAUAUAUCCGCAGCUCCAUCAAUUGUGUUAAUAGAAAAGAAAUUGUUCCUGAAGAUGUCGAAGCUGUCUGUUUGGAAAUUCGUAAACCAAACAGUCGGCCUUUCAUUGGUAGUGUUGUCUAUCGUCCUGAGUCUCCGAUCGAAUAUUUUAAUUGCUUCGAAGAGUUAAUAAAGGCAGUAGACGAUGAAGACAAAGAGCACGUGAUUCUUGGGGAUUUAAAUUGUUGUUUACUUAAGAAGAAAGUCUUUGAUAAUAAAACAAAAAAGUUAAAAUCAAUUUAUGAAGCAUAUCAACUAUCCCAGUUGAUAAACGAGCCUACGCGUAUAACAAUUGAUUCUAAAAGCCUAAUUGAUCACUUUGUCACAUCGUCUCCUGACAAAAUAAACUCAUCAGGCGUAAUUCACAUUGGUCCGAGUGAUCAUAGUUUGAUCUAUGGAAUAAGAAAGAUAAACCCUUAUAGGUGUGCGCGAGAUAAAGCAAAAACCAUUGAAAUACGUAAUUUUAAACAUUUCGAUCAACAAAAGUUUGUAAAGGACCUCCUUACUCAGUCGUGGGAACAGAUUGUUUUGUGUCAUGACACUAAUGAGAUGUGGGCACAUUGGAAAGACCUGUUUCUAAACGUGUUAGCCAGGCAUGCCCCUGUACAAUCUAAAAGAAAAAAAGCAUUUAAUGUCCCAUGGCUGACCAGAGAGAUCAAAGAUUUAAUUAAUAACAGAGAUAAGUUAAAGCGUAAAGCAAUGGUGAGUAAAUUACGUAAUGACUGGGAUGAUUUUAAGGCAUCCCGAAAUAAAGUAAACAUUGCCUUGCGCCAAGCCAAAUCCAACUAUUAUCGUAAUAAGAUUGCAAAUCAAAAGAAUAAUCCCAAAGAGGCUUGGAAAACGAUAAAUAGUCUACUUGGUCGCACCAAAGAAAAUACAACUGUAAAUGAACUUAAAUUUGACGACCAAAGCCUUUUUUCACAAGAACAUAUUGCCGAAGCAUUUAAUGAUUAUUUUUCUAAUGUUGGUCCAAAAUUGGCAAGUUCAAUGGCAAACCCUAGUAAAUCAUUUGAGCAUUUUAUUAAGCCAUGUAGUGCUCAAAUGUCACGUUUUAAGUUAGUAUCCAAUACAAAAGUACUAAAGCUUUUGGGUUGCCUUUCUAAUGCCAAAGCGACUGGUAUUGACAAAAUCUCUGGAAAAAUACUCAAGUGUGCAGCCCAUGCCAUUUCUCCAUCUCUCACUUACAUUUUUAACAACUCUAUAAUUUCCAACUGUUUUCCAGAUGAGUGGAAAAUGGCUAGGGUUUUGCCCCUCUUUAAAAAAGGCUCUAAGACUAUUCCCGACAACUAUAGACCAAUAAGUAUAUUACCAGUGAUUAGCAAACUAAUGGAAAAAAUAAUGUAUGAACAGUUAUACGAUCAUUUUACAGCAAACCAAAUUUUAUCCGAACAACAAUUUGGCUUUCGAAGACUACACUCUACUGUUUCUGCUCUCCUUGAUAGCACUAAUAGCUGGUAUAUUAACAUGGACAGACAAAAGUUUAAUUUAGUUGUAUUUUUGGAUCUAAAAAAGGCAUUUGAUACCGUUAAUCAUGACAUUUUGCUUCGAAAACUAGAAUUGAAUGGUAUCACUGGAAAUGCCCUUUUAUUAAUUCAAUCUUAUUUGUCCAACCGUAAACAGAAAUGCCAGCUAAACAGUACAGUGUCCUCUGAAAGUAAGAUCACAUGUGGCAUUCCUCAGGGUUCAAUUCUUGGCCCACUUUUCUUCCUCUUAUAUAUUAAUGAUCUACCAGAGUGUCUAUUGCACACUACUCCUAGAUUAUUUGCUGACGCUACAAACUUGACAGCGUCUGGUAGUACUGUAGGGGAAGUUGAGUUGGCCAUGAAUUCGGACCUUGAGCAAGUGAAAGAAUGGCUCUUGGCUAAUAAAUUAAGUCUCAAUGUAGCAAAAACAGAAUUCUUAUUAAUAGGAUCCCACCACAAGCUAAGAACCCUUCCUUGCAAACCUUCUAUUUCUAUUGAUAACAAGGAACUAAAACAAGUUCAGCAAAGUAGGGUUCUUGGUGUGGAAAUUGACGAACACCUAAAUUGGGAUCAGCACAUUGAUUCUCUUGCUAAAAAAGUCAGUUCUGGUAUAGGAGCCAUGAAACGAAUUUCUGAAUUUGCUAAUCAAAAUACAUUAGUCUCUAUUUAUAAUGCAAUCAUCCAACCACACCUUAACUACUGUAGCGAGGUGUUGGAUACUCUUGGGCAAUGUAACACAAUCCGUCUUCAAAAAUUGCAAAAUAGGGCGGCAAGGGUGAUCACAAACAGGUCAAAUGACACCCCUGCCACAGAGGCUCUAGCUGAAUUGGGCUGGCAAAAUUUAGAGACCCAGCGAGCAAAGACAAAAGCCAAACAAAUGUUUAAAGUUUUGCAUGAUAUGGCUCCAAACUGUCUCACGGACCUUUUCAGCUUAAAGAAAAAUAUUACAAAUUACAAUCUCAGAGGCUCCUCCACCUCGCUACAGCUGCCACUCCCAAAAACUGAAUUUAUGAAAAAAAGUUUCAGCUAUGAUGGAGCUAAAUUAUGGAAUUCCCUCCCAGAGGCUAGUCGAGAUUGUACAAGUUUAUCAUCAUUUGUCAGAGAAUUAGAGGCUCACACUUUUAUCUAAACAAAUAAUUAGUUUAGCGUAUUUAUAGUAUUAUAUACCCACAUAGAUCAAGUUUUUUUUCUUUCGUUAUUUAUUUAAAUACUUUUACUUAUAGUUAUAUUUCUAAUUAUUAUAGAUAUAUAUAUAUUUUUUUUUUCACACGCCCCUUGUGGAAAUCAGCUGUUGUUGACGGGGCAAGCGUGUCUUAAAUAAAGUCUAUCUAUCUAUCUAUC